CCAAGCAGGAGCCAUGGCCAGUACAGUGGUAGCAGCUGGACUGACCAUUGCUGCCACAGGAUUUGCAGGCCGUUACGCUUUCCAAGCCAUGAAGCAUAUGGAGCCUCAAGUAAAACAAGUUUUUCAAAGUCUACCAAAAUCUGCCUUUCGUGGUGGCUAUUAUAGAGUUGGGUUUGAACCCAAAAUGAUGACGUGGGAAGCAGCAUUAAUACUAGGUAUAAGCCCUACUGCCAAUAAAGGAAAAAUAAGAGAUGCUCACCAAAGAAUUAUGCUCCCUGAGGGAGGAUCUCCUUAUACAGUGGCCAAAAUCAAUGAAGCUAAGGAUUUACUGGAAGGUCAAGGUAAAAAAUGA